UGCAGCGUGUAUCCUGAGAGCCACGGCGCUCGCUGCAGGCUCAUGGUUUUAGUAGCUCCGAUAUCCAGCAUAGCUGGCGGAUGGAGAGUAGGUUUCUUUACCCUCCCAGAACUAAACUACCUUCUAGCUUUCCUUCACCUCCUUUUCCCACUGUGGCCCUCACUUUCAAGUUUGGCGGCUGGCUCAGCGACAGUGCCAACAAUGCUGCUCGCAUCAAGAGGAGGCUCAAAAGUAUGCCAGUGCUUGGACAAAUUCUGCAGGUUUGGCAGCCACUACCCCAGUGAUACCUCGCAAUCCAGGGAGGAUGCAUCAGAAUUGAAUGAAUGAGGACAUGAAUAGAGCAGGGGUGGCCUCCUUCUGCAGCAGCCAUGUUAUACCAAGCCUGGCAGCUCUAUGGGAGGUGGUGCCAUUGGUCCAGUCCUUUUAUCCAUCUCCUCACACUGACUGUGGUGACAUUCGGUGUGCUUGCACCUUUGAUUUGUCACCGGCUCCUCCACUCUUACUUCUAUUUGCGGCGCUGGCACCUGAACCCCAUGAGCCAGGAGUUCCUGGAGCAGAACCAGCAGGAGGGCCAGGCUGCCCUCCAUUACUUUGAGAAGCUACAGAUACCAAAUGCCUCUGAGGCCUCUGGUGGUGAUGCCUUCCAGCCCUUGCUGCUGGUCACCAUUAUCACUGUGCAGAGGCGGAAUGAUUUCCACUAUGUCUUGCAAGUGGCCUCCCACUUCCACCGCCUCCUCCAGAAUUGUGGUGCACGUUGCUGGAGCCACCGUAUCCUCCUCUGCAAUGUGGAGUCAGACCCCAGUAGCCAUCAGGAUGUCAGGCUGCUGAGCAGCUUCUUUCCUAUGGUCAGUCGUGACAAAACUGGCGAGAACCCUGACCCCAGAGUGAACCAGUUUGAGAAGGAGAAGCAGGACUACGUCUUCUGCCUUGAGCAGUCGCUGUUGGUGUACAACCCAGAAUAUAUCCUCAUAGUGGAAGAUGAUGCUGUGCCAGAGGAGGAGAUAUUUCCUGUCUUGCAGCACCUCUUGUUGGCCCGCUUCUCCAAACCAUACCUCAGAGAUGCACUCUACUUCAAGCUUUACCAUCCCGAGAGGCUUCAGCGCUACUUCAACCCCGAACCCAUGAGAAUACUCGAGUGGCUAGGUCUGGGCAUGUUUCUGGGGCCCAUGCUGAACUGUGUGUACUGCUGGGCAACUGGGCGCCCCAGCCUCAGCUGGCCCAUUGUCUUGUUCUUUGCUUUGUACAGUAUGGCUUUGUCAGAGCUGGUGGGACGGCAUUACAUGCUGGAGCUGCGGCGGCUGGCCCCCGUGCUGUAUAAUAUCGUGCCGGUCACCGAGUGCUGCACGCCUGCCAUGCUUUUCUCCGCUCCAUCUGCCCACCGUGCCUUAGGUUACCUGAAGGGGCUGCACUGCCGCCAGGGCUUUGCUAAGGAUAUUGCCCUCUACUCGCUGCUGCGUACUAAGGGGGAGAAGGCCUAUGUGGUGGAACCCAACCUGGUCCGGCACGUGGGAAUGUAUUCCAGCCUUCGGCUAAACGACAACCCGAAACUGCUGUGAUCUGUUCAUGCCUUACCAGACACAAAGCCCAGAGAAGCUGCCGCUGGGUGGAGAGACUGUGCAAACUCAGAUGAUGUGCUGCUCACGCUGGGCAUCCUGUGCCUCCAGGUGGACAAAGAAUAACUCUCUUUAAAAAAAAAAAGUUUCUUAAAAAAUAAACUUAUGUACAUGCAGAUCCUAUUUAAUAUAUACUUGGAACUAAUCACCAUGCACCAUGUGGGAGGGGAGGGGAGGAUUCCAGCUGAGGGUGUGGAUUGUCUACUCUCCUCAGUCAUUCUUAGGGAGAAGCUCUCACACCAAUAUAAACAGCUACACUGCCUACUCUCCUUUACAUUGGUUACAGAAAUCCUCACCUUAGGGCAACAGAAAUGUUGGACAAAGUGAAUGUCUCAAGUUUAAGCUAGUGAGGGAAAAGCCCCUAUUUUCCCAUCCUUACUAAGGUCUGAUCUCUGACCUCUGUUUCAAAGCUGUGGUUUUGAGCAGACCUUUCAAAAGCAGCAGUGGUUUAUGUGCACUUUCCCACAAAUUUUACGAAGCCUGUAUUUGUUACUGUCUCACCCUACAGAUCAUAUCUGCACCUCCUCGCUUCCCACUCCUUUUUCUUGGAACAGAGGCUCUUAAAAACAAUGCCUCCACUGCUUCAUUAAAGGUCACAUCUGAAGGUAGGAAUAGGAAAACAGAGUAACAGCCAUUGAUGUUACACAGCCAGGUCACAAAUGCACGUUUUCAUUGAUAUGUUACAGACAUUAUAAAAAAACAUAGGAUGACUGUUGUGUUGGUUGGUAUCGUCACUAGUUGUAAUGAAUCCAGGUCAUUAAAAGAGGCCUUAUCAGUUGCUGAUUGGACUUAGAUGUUCAAUAUGAAUUUACCUUGACUUUCUAUCAGCACAGAGGCAAAGGAAAGAUUAGAUCAGGUGCUGCUAUUGUGCGGGAUCCUUGUUUCAUUUUGGAGCUGUAAUUCACAGCUUGCACUAAGUGGUUCAUUCACUGCUCCUGGCAGCAAACAAAAUACCAAAAGGAAACAAAGCUAGCUGUUCAUAAAAACAAGCAACAAUAGCACAACACAUCAAGGGGCCACUCUGAUACUGACCCAUUAACUUAAUGUGCUCUGGUUGUUAGGUAUUUGGGAAAGGUACUUUGUACCACAGCUGUGGGCACAGUUAAAUAUAAAACCAUGCAGAUGACAGAUCUCAUACAGAAUCAAAACUGGCACCAAAAUGUUUAUGUCUAAUGAAAAGCCCACCCUAACUUUAGUGGGCUUUGAAUCAAAUUCACUUACAUGUGGAGUUUGGUUGAACUAUUUUUGAAACCACAUUCCUAGCUUUGGAAUAAACCAAGUACGUUGUUUCUGUUGAGUUUUGGUCAGUUGGGGUUGUUUGUUUUUUUGGUUUUGGUGAAGGAAGAGCUUUACUUUGGAUUUUCUUUCCCCCAGUCUCUCCCAGGUGAUUUAUGCCUUAAGCUCUUAACAAGUCUGGUUGUAGAUGUGAAAGACAUAAAACUCUUGAGAGAUGAACCAAAGAAAGUUGCAGACCUCCAGCUGUCAGUGUGCAAUAGAUAUCAAUUACACAACACAAAUGCAUAAUGCAAGUUAGCUGAGAAAUGGCUUCACAACACAGAGCAGUGCUUUGCUCUCUUAGUAAUCAGCUGGGAUACUUUUAUAACACGUUUGGAAAUCAGAUGUGAGUAAAAACUGCUUGUGGAUUCCAUGUCAUUCCAAAGGCAAAGCACCUCUCCUGUCAGAGGACACAGGAAAAAUUGUACAGGCAGAGCCACAAUUUAUUCCCAGCUGCUGAGAAUCCCAAAGAUCCCAGAGUGGUCACACAGUGGCAGGUGGGCAAAUCUAUUCUCAGGCUUUACUAUAAUAUGGUUAAGAUGGCAGGAUUUGAGUGUCAUUAUAUAUGUAUUCCACUAAGUGCCUGUGCGUGUGAGAAAAUACAACUUGUUUGUUUAUGCA